GAGGGGCAGCGGCGGGCGCGGGUGGUCCCGGCUGGAGCUGGAAACGCGCUUGUCCCAGAGGAACGCCUUGCCUGAGGCGCUGGCGUACAGUAAAGAUAUGAGUGAGUCCGGAAGUUUUGCAGCAUCACGUUCUAGGCGUGAGAGGAAGAAUAGAAAGGGCCAGCAAGAAGCACUUGAACGUCUGAAAAAAGCCAAAGCUGGGGAAAAAUUAAAAUAUGAGGUUGAGGAGUUCACGGGUGUUUAUGAUGAAAUAGAUGAGGAUGAAUACUCCAAGAUGGUCAGAGAUCGUCAGGAUGAUGACUGGAUUGUUGAUGAUGAUGGGAUAGGUUAUGUAGAAGAUGGAAGGGAAAUAUUUGAUGAAGAUCUGGAUGAUGAUGCUCUUAGUUCCAAUAAGAAAGGAAAAGGUGGCAGAACAUCUACAACUGAUAAAAAGAACGUGAAGAAACCUGUGGUGUCCAAGUCAAACACAAUUAAAUCUAUGUUUAUGGCCAGUGCUGGGAAGAAAAACACAGAUAAAACUGUGGACCUGUCCAAGGAUGAUUUACUUGGGGAUAUUCUUCAAGAUAUUAGUGCUGAAACAGUUCAGCUAAGUCCACCACCAAUUAUAAUGCUGAAAAGGAAAAGAUCUGCUGGAGUACCACGCAAUCCUUUCUCUGUGCCGUCCCAAACUUCUAAGGUAAUCACCUCUAUAUCAAAGAAAGCUUCUGCUCAUGUCAGAAAGGAAACUCUUCCUCCAGCUGCAUUUCAUCCUAAACAUCCCAAUUAUACGGCAAAAUCUGUCAGAGUCUCUGAAAAUGAGGACACCAAACAUGUGCAAAAACCUGUAGAAAAUGAGGGAAUAGUGAAGGCAGUAGGAGAGAAAACUACUAAAGUUCUACCUGCAGCACUUCCAGAUGAUGAUCAGGAAAUGAUGAAUUUUGAUGAGGAGGACUUUGAUGAACCUAUGGAAGCAGAGCAUGUGGAAACUAUACCUGAGACAGCUGAAAGCUUGAAAAGAGACAAUGAAAUUGAGAAGAAAGAGACUGAGCAGCUUGAAUCAGAGAAGGAGACAUCUGUCUUAAGUUGUUCUCUCCCAGGUUUCUCAGGUUGGGAUGGAAUUGAUGAGGACGAAGCUGAUCUAGUAGCAACAGAAGUUCAGCUGGACCCCAAUCUCCUUCCGCUUGUGAAUGGGGGAAGUGAUGAUCAAGUCUUAAGGUUUUAUUGGCUGGAUGCUUAUGAAGAUCAGUUCAGUCAGCCAGGUGUGGUAUUUUUGUUUGGCAAAGUUUGGAUUGAAUCUGCAACCACCUAUGUCAGCUGCUGUGUGACAGUGAAAAAUAUUGAGAGAACUGUUUAUCUGCUGCCACGUGAAACAGAAAUGGACCUAUCUACUGGUAAAGAGACGGAGACUCCAGUAACUAUAAUGAGUGUUUUCAAGGAAUUUAAUGACAACAUUUCACCAAAGUACAAGAUCAUGAAGUUCAAAUCCAAGAAAGUGGAAAAAUACUACGCUUUUGAGAUUCCGGAUGUACCAGCAAAAUCUGAGUACCUCGAGGUUAAAUAUUCAGCUGAAUGCCCUCGGCUUCCCCAAGAUCUCAAGGGACAAACAUUCUCACAUGUCUUUGGAACCAACACCUCUAGCCUGGAACUUCUCUUGAUGAAUCAGAAAAUCAAAGGACCCUGCUGGCUGGAAAUAAAAAAUCCACAGCCUUCAAAUCAGCCAGUCAGCUGGUGCAAAGUAGAGGCUGUUGCCAUGAAGCCUGGCUUGGUGAAUGUGGUUAAAGAUCUUGCUCCUCCUCCUCCUCUGGUGGUCAUGUCCGUCAGUAUGAAGACGGUUCAGAACCCAAAGACUCACCAGAAUGAGGUUGUGGCUCUUGCAGCUCUAGUUCAUCAGAAAUUUCCUUUGGAUAAGGCUCCACCUCAGCCUCCUUUUCAAACACACUUCUGUGCCGUUUCCAAACCGAGUGAUUGCAUUUUUCCUUAUGACUUCAAAGAAGCAGUUAAAAAGAAGAAUGCUAAAAUAGAAAUUGCUGCAACAGAGAGAACACUGCUGGGAUUUUUCCUUGCGAAGAUUCACAAAAUUGACCCAGACGUUGUUGUGGGUCAUAAUAUUUAUGGAUUUGAUCUGGAAGUGCUGCUUCAAAGAAUUAAUUUGUGCAAAGUCCCUCACUGGUCCAAGAUAGGUCGACUGAGGAGAUCUAAUAUGCCAAAGCUUGGGGGCCGAGGAGGGUUUGGUGAAAGGAAUGCUGCCUGCGGUCGAAUGAUUUGUGAUGUAGAAAUUUCUGCUAAAGAACUAAUUCGUUGCAAAAGUUACCAUUUGUCUGAACUAGUCCACCAGAUUUUGAAGACAGAGAAGGUAACAAUUCUACCAGAGGAAGUUCGAAAUAUGUACAGUGAAUCUCCUCGCUUACUGUUCAUGCUGGAAAACACCUGGAUAGAUGCCAAGUUCAUUCUCCAGAUCAUGUGUGAGCUGAAUGUUCUGCCCCUGGCUCUUCAGAUAACAAACAUCUCUGGGAAUGUCAUGUCGAGGACAAUGAUGGGCGGACGAUCUGAACGUAAUGAGUUCCUGCUGCUUCAUGCCUUUCAUGAGAAGGAUUACAUAGUGCCAGACAAACAAGUUUUCAAAAAGCCUCCACAGAAGCUGGUGGAUGAAGAUGAAGAUUUUGAAGAUCAGAAUAAAUCAAAGAUAGGGAAAAAGAAAGCAGCAUAUGCUGGGGGCUUAGUCUUGGAUCCCAAAGUUGGUUUUUAUGACAAGUUUAUUUUGCUUCUCGACUUCAAUAGCUUGUACCCAUCGAUUAUUCAGGAGUUCAACAUCUGCUUUACCACGGUGCAGCGACUGUCAUCAGAAGCACAGAAAAGGGCAGAGGUUGAAGAAGAGGAGGAAAUUCCAGAGCUUCCAGACCCAUCUCUGGAAAUGGGAAUUUUGCCUAAAGAAAUCAGGAAGCUGGUGGAGAGAAGACGCCAAGUUAAGCAGUUAAUGAAACAGCCAGAUUUAAAUCCUGACCUCUAUUUACAGUAUGAUAUCAGACAGAAAGCUUUGAAACUCACUGCUAACAGCAUGUAUGGCUGCCUGGGAUUUUCCUACAGCAGAUUCUAUGCCAAGCCUUUGGCUGCUUUGGUGACACAUAAAGGGAGAGAGAUUUUGAUGCAUACCAAGGAGAUGGUGCAGAAGAUGAACCUUGAAGUGAUUUAUGGAGACACAGAUUCCAUUAUGAUAAACACUAACAGCACCAAUUUGGAUGAGGUCUUCAAGUUGGGGAAUAAGAUCAAAAGUGAAGUGAACAAACUGUACAAAUUGUUGGAAAUUGAUAUUGAUGGAAUUUUUAAGUCCUUGCUAUUGUUAAAGAAGAAGAAAUAUGCUGCUCUGAGUGUGGAACCAACAGGAGAUGGGAAAUAUGUAACUAAACAAGAGCUAAAAGGACUGGAUAUAGUCCGGAGAGACUGGUGUGAUCUUGCUAAACAGACUGGAAACUAUGUAAUUGGCCAGAUUCUUUCUGAUCAGCCCCGAGACAUAAUUGUGGAAAAUAUUCAAAAGCGACUUAUAGAAAUUGGAGAAAAUGUGGUCAGUGGUCAGAUCCCAGCAAAUCAGUUUGAAAUAAACAAGGCAUUGACAAAAGAUCCCCAGGAUUAUCCUGACAAAAAAGCCUUGCCACAUGUGCAUGUUGCCAUGUGGAUAAAUUCUCAUGGAGGCCGAAAGGUGAAGGCAGGAGACACAGUGUCAUAUAUCAUUUGUCAGGAUGGAUCAGAUCUCAGUGCCAGCCAGCGAGCAUAUGCUCCAGAACAGUUAAAAAAGCAAGAAAAUCUUAAAAUUGAUACUCAGUACUACCUGUCACAGCAAAUACACCCAGUAGUUGCUAGAAUAUGUGAGCCUAUAGAGGGAAUUGAUUCUGUUCUUAUUGCAACAUGGUUAGGACUGGAUCCCUCCCAAUUCAGAGUCCAUCACCAUUACCAUAAAGAUGAGAAUGAUGCCUUGGUUGGUGGCCCAGCUCAGCUCACUGAUGAGGAGAAAUAUAGGGAUUGUGAAAGAUUCAAGUUUUGCUGCCUCAAAUGUGGAACGGAAAAUAUUUAUGACAAUGUCUUUGAUGGUUCGGUUAGUUGGUUUUUUUGUUUGUUUUGUUUCAGCUCACUGGUGAGGGAGAAAAAUGCUUGUAGGGAGAACAGCUUUUUAAACAGGAUUCAUAUGAUGUAGAAGAUACCAUAUUGU